AUGAUUUGCUCUAGAGAACUAGCACCUAUAGCUAAAAGGACAAAUGGUCACCGAUUGCCAUGGGUACAGCUUGAAGAUUAUGCUUUAACCGACAACCAGAUACAAGCAGCUCAUCAAAAUACUCUCCUUGAACAUAAUACACGACUCGAUGUAGCUUCCAGGCCUAAUCUAGCGAGGCUCACCAGAAUUAUGGUUACUUUGGGCAUUGCAAAUUCUCAUCCCGACGCCGUCGUUAACAUGAUGACGACGGGCGCAAACAUGGUUCGUUUGAACAUGUCUCAUCAAAAGGAGAAGUGGCAUGCAAUCACCACGCAAUCCAUCAGAGACGCUGGGAACAAAAUGUACGAGCUCACCAGCGAGAUUUACCCGUUGGGUAUUGCGAUGAACCUUCAGGGUCCUGAGAUAAGGACUGGUAUAUUCCGUGGUGAUAAGAACAGCAUAGGCUACGCUGAACUGAAGGAAGGACAUGCAGUGAAACUGGUAACGGACGAUACUUUGAAACGAGCAGGAUGUAGGAGCUGUUUUUGGGUAUCUUAUCCAGAGUUGCCACGAAUAUGUCGACCUGGGGACAGAAUUCUCAUUGAUAGAGGCAGCGUUGAGUUGCGAGUCGCUUGUGUCCGUGAGGCAUCCGUAGUUUGCAAAGUAGUAAAAGGAGGCAUGGUAAGGGAUGGAAAGCUGGUGCAACUAUUGGACAGCGUAGUUGAGUUGCCCCAGGUUUCGAAGAAGGACCAGGAACACAUCCAAUUGGCUUCCUUUCUAGAAUGUGACUUCGUUAUAAUAAAUCAUACGCGAAGUGAGAAGAUGGUGCAUACCAUUAAAACUGGCUUCGAAGAGAUGGGUAACACUAGAGUCUGCAUCAUUGCUAAGAUUUCUUCGCUGCAAGGUUUUGAGAAUUUCGAUGAGAUUCUGAGAGCAGCCGAUGGGAUACUUCUGGACAGAGCCAGCCUUGAGACCGAUGCUGGAAGUGAGAAGUUAUUUCUUGUCGAAAAGAUUGCUAUCGCAAAGUGUAUCAAAAUAGGAAAACCAGUUAUCUUAGGAUUCGACGUAUGCAAGGACGAAUCGAAUCUUGAUAUGAACUUGAUUGCGAAUGCAGUAUUGAACGGAGUCGACGCAAUCUUUCUCAAGACUGGAAGUUUGGAUGCGAAAGAGACGACUGAAUUAAUCAAAUCUGUGGACGUGGUGUGCAGGGAAGCUGAGAGCGCGCGAUGGCAGAAGGAAAUUUUCUAUGAACUUGGGAACAAGGUGCUGAUACCUGCAGAUCCUGCGCAGGCGAUUUCCAUAGGAGCAGUGGAAACCUCUUUAAAAUUGAACGCCGCCGCGAUCGUCGUCACGACGACAACUGGUCGCAGCGCUGUUUUGUUGUCCAUGUAUCGUCCUCGAUGCCCGAUUCUCGCGGUCACGCGCUAUGGAGUAGUUGCACGGUGGUUGCAACUUUAUUAUGGGGUCCAUCCAUUCCAUUACAAAAAAGAGCCAUUGUCUGACUGGAGUAAAGACAUAGAGGCGCGAGUACAGAGCGGUAUCGAUUCCAUGCGAAGGAAGAGGUACAUAAAAGUUGGCGAUGCGAUCGUCGUAGUCAGCACGUGGCGCGAAAACACAGGCUUCACGAACACCAUACGUGUAAUUUAUGCAACACCAGGACACUCGGAGAACGAAGUACCAGAUUUAGAAGUCUGUUGGUGAAAUGGUACCCUGAUUCAUCCAAAUGAAACACCGAAGUAAACAGUAAUUUCCUAAAAAUGAAUCAUUCAGGAUUUAAGCACCAUUUGCUCGCGUUUAAAUUACUUGGAUUAAUUAUCUGGAAUAUUUAACUAGUCUCCACGCAAAUGGCGCUUUAAUAUUUCUGGCCAUAUGUCGACGUUGAUAAUGCCCUUUUUUUCUAGCUAUUCGAGUCGACUGAUUCAAGAGUUUUUUGUUGAAC